AUGACCCGCGCUGUCGUCACCCAAGGUCGCCCGCCUCUCGCUAUUCAUUUGAGCACCCAGCCAAAGCCGUCGCCGGGCACAGUGCGGGCGGUGGUGCUGGGCCUGGCGGUGCUGUCGCUGCUCCACUUCCGGGUGUUGCGGCACAGCGUCUUCCGCACGCCAUCGCGAUGCGUGCUCGUCCUGUGCUCCUGCGUGGCGGCGUCGGUCGUGUUCCUGCGCUUCCUUGUCUCGACCGACCCUGCGCUCCGCAGCAGCGCCUGCCACGCGGCUCAAUCCACCACGCCCCUCGAAUUCUCCUGCACCGAUGACAGUCUGUCGGAGACGAUGUCGCACCUGCGAGCAGUGCUCCCGCUUCCCACAUGGCGGGACGUGGUCGCACUGGCGCCGAAGCAUGGGAUGAUGGCCUGGAUGGUGCGCGCGAUCGACGUGCUCGAGCCGGGCGCCAAAUACGUCGGCCUGUGCCUGGGCGCCGCGUUGCUGGUUCUGCCCGAGGCCCUCCAGCGUGCCAUCCACACUCUGCUUCGGCGCGCCUUUCGCCACCCAGCCGGCAAGGCCGCUCUGGCUUUGGCGGUCAGUUCGAUCGCGUUGGUCGUGUGGCUCGCACACGCACGCGGCGGCGGCGGCGAUGACGACAACGGGUUGACGGCGGAGCUGCUGGGCUACUGGGCGCUCUCGUCCCUCGUCGGCUUCCUGUUCGUCCAGGCCGUGUGGCCGCACCUCUUCCGCGUCGCCUUCUUCGCCCUGGCGCCGGCCUACAUGGUGGGCGGCGCGAUCCUCUUCUACAAGGCGCUGGUCGUCUUCCUCCACGAGAGCUGCGGCGCGGCGCUCCCCGUGUCGCUCGGGCUCACCCUCGUGCUCUUCUACGCGCACGGGUGGGACUGCACGAAGGCCUUCGGGGCCUACGUGCUGUGGAAGUCCCUCGCCUGCUUCACGGUCCCCUUCUACUCGCUACCCACCUUCUUCUCCUUCGUCUACUGGUGGACCUCGUCCCUGACCACCACCAUCUUCUCGGCCCUGACCCACUUGGCGUCGUCCACCACCUCCUCAUCGUCUUCGGCCACGUCAUCAUCAUCAUCCUCAUCAUUUACUUCUACGCACCUGUCGAUGCCAUGGACGACGCUCGACGCACUUUUCCUACUCUACUUCGUGGGGGUGGCCCUCACCGCCGUGCUCAACAGCCUUGCCGCCCUCGCCCUCCUGGCCGCGCAACGACAACUCGCCUAUUCCAGCACCACCCAGCACCACCAUCAUGAUGCACCACCACCGGUAGACCUUGACCAUCACCACCCCAAGCGCGACUAG